UCGCAACUUUUUUCCUUCUAUUUGCGGGUCUCGUAUAGGAGUGGACACUCCAGCAUCUGCAACACUGCAAACGUUCAGUCCUAUGAACCCUUGAAAAAGCCCACUCUACAUGCGCACAAAAUGAUAAGAAGCGCGGUCUCCGUUAGGGGUAAUAAGGGCGUCACCGGAACUGUCACCGCCAACGCCGGAGAUGUCAGGCUCCGAGCAGUCAUUGGCAACGCCGCCUUCGGCAAUGGGUCCGCCGUCGAUGUAGACGGCUUCUUUCUUUCUCUCGAGAAGCCUGGCUCCUUUAUAGUCGACUACGACGUUCCCAAUCAGGAUGUCCGCUUUCAGUUUAUGAACACACUGAAUGUAUUGGAGAAACAGGUGAAUUGGACUUACACUCACUCUAGAAGCGAAAAUCGAACGGUUUUGGAUGGGACUCUUGUUCUUGACCCGGCUAACAAGCUCUCCGCUAGCUAUAAAUUGGGUUCCAGGGAUUGCAAGUUGAAGUACAGCUAUGUGCACCGAGGAGUCACCGCAUUGGAGCCAUGCUAUGACUUUGCCAAGAAUUCUUGGGACUUGGCGGUGUCGCAUAGGAUUGAUAGUGAUGUGAUCAGAGUUUCGUAUGAGACUGCGAGCAAAAAUUUGGGAGUCGAGUGGUCGUGGAAAUCAUUGCUAAACAAAGAGGGAGGGAUUAAGAUUUCAGCGUGUUGCAAUUUGGCAGAGGGGCUACACCUGCCAAAAUUAUCUGCCGAGAGCUCAUGGAAUUUUGAGCUGUAAUUCAAUCGUUGUAUAAUUGGCUGGAGUACCCUAUUUUCAUACGAGAAAUGAUCUACUUCUUCAUCCUUUCUUUA